AUGCACAUCCCAAGCUUGAGCCUGAUGGCCAUCAUGGCUGGAGUCGCAAGUGCCAAGACUUGCUAUGACAUGACUGUGAAAGUCCCGAUUACAGCCCGUAAUGGUGUGUUCGACAAGAUCAGCACUCCCCAGACCAACCUGGACGCUACUGCCUUCGCCCUCCACGCAAGUACGCAGGCUGCCAACGUGACAGCGGAUGUUUUGUCUGGCUAUGCUACCAUCUCUGGUCUCUACGAUAUCUCGGCCCAGUACUGUAUGCCCGACAAGGGCGGAGACAGCCCUCAUGUACUUCAGAUCCUGACCCACGGAAUGGGCUUUGACAAAAGCUAUUGGGACCUGCCCUAUCAGAACUACAACUACUCCUACGUCGACCAUGCUUUGUCUCAGGGCUAUCAUACUCUGGCCUAUGAUCGACUCGGCCUCGGCAAAUCCUCCCACGGAGAUGCGAAGAAUGAGAUCCAGUCAUUCUUGGAACUGGAGGCUCUGGCCCAGCUUACCCGGAUGGUGCGUGAGGGUUCCAUCUCUGAUUCAUGCAUCAAGCAACCUUCCAAGAUCGUCCAUGUCGGCCAUUCAUUUGGGUCUGCCCAGACAUACGGCUUGACAGCCAAAUACCCCGAUCUCUCCGAUGGAAUCAUCCUGACUGGAUUCUCGAUGAACGCUUCUUUCAUGGGCAUGUUCAUUUCCGGUGCCAAUUUCCAACAAGCUCGUCUCGACAAAGGCCGGGAAUCAGACUAUACCGCUGGUUACUUCACCAGCGGCGAUAUCAGCAACAACAUGUACCUCUAUUUUGCCCCUGGAAACUUCGACACCGAUCUUCUGGCCUAUGCCGAAGCGACCAAACAGCCAUCCACCAUCGGUGAAAUCCUGACUGUCGCCAGUAUGGCCCCUCUGAAUCAGUUCGCCGGCCCCGUGUAUAUCAUCAAUGGCGAUAAGGAUAUUCCCUUUUGUGGAGGUGACUGCUUUGCCACUGGAGGUGCCGCAGUAUCCAUUGCCGCGGCUGCCGAGCCGGUCUUCCCUUCGGCCAGUACUUUCUCUGCCUACAUUCAACCGAACACUGGCCAUGGUAUCAACUUGCAUUACAACGCCACUGGGGCCUACCAGCAGAUCCAUAACUUCCUGAGGGCAAAUGGGUUAUAG